AUGGCAUCCAAAGGAGAUAUUCAGAUCGCCACCCUGGCUGCUGGCUUUACCCUGGGAUUCGGCUUCUUGACUGUGUGGGAAGCCAUCAAGCAGACCCGCAGGAAUAACUACCCAUGGAGAAGCGCCUAUAUCUACAUGGUUUGGGGAGAGAUUUUCGCGAAUCUCGCCAUUGGUAUCAUGGGAUAUGUUCUCCUUGACGGGAUCAUAUCACCUACAGUACCAGUCUUAUUUUGCAUUCUAUGCCUCUGGGUUCUCGAAAUCCAAUUGCUUAUGCAAAUAAUCAUCAACCGAAUUGCCAUCAUCGCAGAACACAGGAGUACAAUUUUCAAGCUCAAAUGGGGCACCGCUUUCGCGAUUACUUGCAUCAACAUCGCAGUCUUCUGCAUCUGGAUUCCGGCACACACCGUCCCACCAGUUAGCCAAGUAUUCGUAGACAUAAACACAGUGUGGGACCGCAUCUCCAAGAUUCUCAUCCUGCUCGUCGACGCUGGACUCAACUACUAUUUUCUGCGCACUGUAAAAAGAAGGCUUAUUGUGCAGCACGCCUUGACCAAAUAUGCGCCCCUGGUUAGCUUUAAUGCAAAGCUCAUGGUUCUCUCGAUCUGCAUGGAUGGCCUGCUUAUUGGACUCAUGUCACUGCCUAACCAGGUCGUCUACAUACAGUUCCACCCCGUGGCGUACAUGGUCAAGCUCAACAUCGAAAUGUCCAUGGCAGACCUUAUCACACGCCUUGCGCGAAGCGAGAAUGCCGAUACUCACCUUCCAUCAUCGUCGAACAACCGGGUGACUACUGGACAAGGGCGAAGCACUGGCCAGUGGGCCCACAAGUACACAAUGCAGUCCAUCAACAGGUCAAACGCUGCCUCUGAGGACUCAUCGUCUAGUGACCUGGGAGAACUGAGCGCCACUGGGGUCCCGACGAAGCUUAACCCGGAGAUCCAGGUCGAGACGGUGAUUACUAGCCGAUCAUCGCCUCGUUUUUGA